AGAGAGAGAGAGAGAGACCGUUGGCUACAGACCAAGGAUUGAGCACUUUUUAAAGGACGCCGUCACAAGCUACUGUUUCAAACAGUUUUUUACGUAUUACCACGGUUAUCAUCGCUGGCAGCCCGGACGACUUUUAUCCUGAUUAAGUAACAGCCGGAUAAAGACAGCGCCACCCCUACAGCCGGUAUCGUCCUGUACUCUCCGCUUGUGCAAGAAGUCAAGGGCGAUUUAACGAUAAAGGAACACGUCUGGAGCACUGGAUACCGGUUGUCUGUUUAUUUAGAAGCAUUAUCGCGCAGAAAUGAAAUAUCUUCAGGAUCACACUGCACCGCAAAGCAAGAAUGUCGAGCAAAGAGCCGCUUAAGAGGUCGUCCAGAUCGAACGCAACGCAGUUGUAUCUAGACACGUUGUAACAUCAAAACUUCUUCGCGGCAUGACGGCGAAAGACGUCCGUCUAGCGCAUGUUUACAGAGACAAAAAAACAAAACAAAAACAAAAACAACUGAAAUACCCGUUCGGUGUGAACGGCCCCUUAUAGCAGUACAACCGCACUUAACCGUGGCUAAAAUAGAGAAACGAGUCGCUACACAGACAGCUGAAUCGUGUAGAAGUGUUCUCUCUUCCUCUUUUGUCUGAGAUCAAACAUAUCGUUGCGAGAUUUCGCGAUACACGAUGUACCUAACCCGUAUGGCUGUUCACGCGACAAUCUACUAAUACACCACAGUGCAUCUUAAUACGACUGAAGAUACCGCUAUAUGAAUUAUGCACGGCUGAGCAUGAAUAAAUACACCGAGGGGUGACGCUCGGUUUGAGACCGGCCGGGUGCGCGACCUUGUCCCACAUGACCUAAUUUCAAAGAGAAGCUUGAAUGCUGGAGAGAUGCAACAGCAGUGAGAAGUGAAAGAGACCUUCAGCACUGAAAACAAGCACAUGUGUGACCUGGACGAAUGUGGAGAAAGUCGUGUGGACCUCAGGUGACAGGGACGUGACAUGAACGUCACGGACAGACCAUUCACACGGAAGACUUUCAGCAAUGAUCAAGAGCCAUUUAUCUGUUGCUAUUGUUUUUAUUAUUAUUAUUUAUUUAUCUUUUUUCUUUAUGAAUUCAUCACGCAAAUGACUUUCUAGACUUGAGUUAACAGCAAAAGGGGACUCUGCUGGCAUUGACCUUUACACCUGCAACAGCAUAGGAUUAUAUAUAACUGCUGAAACCACAGUAAUUUUUGGAUACGGAACCACAGGAAUAGCCUUUGCCAGCUGCGAUCUACACAUUAACACAUGAAAAGUUUCUAAUGGAUUGAGGAUUUGUUUAAGGAUAAUUACUUUCCUGUAAUCAGUUCUGAAAGCAAUACUGACUACUACUUUCAACGUAGUGCUUGCUGUACAUGUUAACAGUUUUGAGACAACAAUGAUUCUAAGCUCAGGUGAUCAUUCUGCAGUCCUUCUCUUCUAAACCAGAGAAAUUCAUCAUUUGAUGUGUGAACAUUAUUAAACCAGAUUUACAAUCAGCAAUCAUGUGGUCAUUGCCAUUAGUACGUCACACUGACGUUCCACCAAGAGUGACUGAGAACUUCAUUCUGUCAGGUUAUCGUUUCCCCAACUACAGCCUCCGGCAGUGCCUGGCCUCUGCUUUUCGUCCUACCAAUGAGACUGGAAACUUCUGGACGCACUUCCUCCCUAUCUUUGUGUUUGCCUUCCACUUUCUGGAGGUGUUUGUGUGGGAAGGAGCGCCAGAACCUGGCAACCCUUUUUUCUACCCUUACUGGAACUACUUCCUUGGGGUGUUCUACCUGCUGCUAGCCAGCAGCCUGGCUCAUCUUCUCAACUCCAUGUCUCUCAUCGUUCGGGAAAUCUGUUUCUUUGUGGACUACGGAACCAUCAGUGCGUAUACAGUGGGUUCGUCGCUGGCUUAUUACUACUACAUCCACCCUCAAGCAGGAAUACCAGAGAUUGGGUUGGGGGGAUGGAAUGGUUCCCAAGAAAGUGUGGAUGAGGAGGCAUGGCCCUCUACAUCCCUUACCUCUCGUCUAUGGGGGUUCCAUCCAUUUUUUGACAGCCUCUACAUCCCAUCCUCCUUCCUGGUCGCUAUCAUCUGUGUCCUCACCUGCUGCAAAACCAGACAGCGCUGGCGGAAGUACCGCUAUGGUGUGCGCACCCUCGUCUUCCUCCUCCCCUUUUGCAUCUCCUCAACCCCUGUCUUCUACCGCCUCCUGAGUCCCUCCCCUUACACAUCCCAUUCUCCCUCAUCCUCCUCCCCUUAUUUUUUCUCUACCAUGGCUGCCUUCUUCUACCGCCACUGCUUCUGGCUGGUGGUAUCUGCCAUCUUCAAUAUCAGUAAAAUUCCUGAACGUUUUUCUCCUGGGAAUUUUGAUAUCUGGGGUCACAGCCAUCAGUGGUUCCAUUGCUGCACCUUCCUGUCCAUCUUGGAUGAGCUCCAAAUGAUCAAAGUGGAGCUGUUGGCCCUGCUGCACAGCCCAGCACUUGUACUAUCGCCCGCAACACCACCUAGGCUCCCUGGACCAACGCUCUUGUCCACCUAUGGGGUUAUGGUGCUCCUGCAGAUGUGUAUAGCAAGCAUCAUAGCCUGGUUUGGCUGGGGUGCAUAUCAGAUCUACACACCAGAGCAAAAAAAGCUGAAGAGACAUUAGGAAGUGCCACGACAUGCGGGUCAGGUUGAAAACUCUCCAUAAGCAUGAGGAUUUGGCUCUGUUAACAACGCUACAAUAAUGUUGACUUUUGGCAUUUACAGUCUGAACUUGAUCAUUUCAGUAAGUCUAAUUUGGAUAAGGGCCACUGUUUAAAGGGGUAGUUCUCCCAAAUGUUGUCAUUAUUCACUCAAACUUGUUUUUCCAAACCCAUAUGACUUUAUUUUUUCCUUGUAACACAAAAAGAGAUGUUAGGCAGAAUGUUAGCCUCAGUCAACAUUCACUCUCAUCGUAUGGUAAAUUAUACAAUAAAAGUCAAUGGUGACUGAGGUUAAAAGAAUAUACCGGGUUCAAUACAAGUUAAGCUCAAUCAGCAGCAUUUGUGGCAUAAUGUUAAUUACCACAAAAAAUUAUUUAGACUCAUCCCUCCCUUUUCUUGAAAGAAAGCAACAAUCGAGGUUACAGUGAGGCACUUACAAUGGAAGCGAAUGGGGCCAAUUUUGGGGGGUUUGAAGGCAGAAAUGUGAAUCUUAUAAUUUUGUAAAAGUACUUACAUGAAUUCUUAUGUUAAAACUUGUGUAUUAUUUGAGCUAUAAAGUUGUUUAAAUAUUAGUUUAUGCAGAAUUACAGAGUUUACGGCUUAAUGUUUUCAUGGCAACACAGUUGUGAAAUUGGAAAUACUGUAACAUAUAGGAUAUAGCACAGAAAGUCUGGUAAGCAAUUUUAUCAUGUUAACACACUUAUUGUUUACGUCUUGUGGCUAUUAUUUUGAAACAGCAAGUAUUUAAACAUUUACAGAUCUAUCCUAUUCACUUCCAUUUUAAGUGCCAUUUUAACUAACCAGAGAGUAUUUAGCAGAGACGGGACACUUCCAUUAAAAUUAAUGGGAGAAAUUGGAAUACCCAAUGGUUAACGGAUGUAGAAAGGAAGUCCCGCCUUACAGGUAAAAGAGCCAAUCACCUUUUAGAUACAGACAGCGCCUGUCAUUCAACUCGAGAAGGCACAUGCACAUUAGCAAUACAAGCUGGGAUUUAAAAAAACAAUUUUUUUUUUUGCGUAAUCUGAGGUAAAAGAAACAAUUUAUGAUACUAGUGUUGCAAGAUAUAUGCCGCUUGUUUUCACAGAAAAAUAGAUGUCCAAGAGCGUUUCAAAGAUGGCUGCCAGUGGACUGACUUGCUAGAAACCCAAAUGUUCUUUUUUAAAGAAAAGGAGGAAUAAGUCGACAUUAUGCCACAAAUGCUGUCUAUUGAGCUUAACUUGUUUUGAAGCAAAAAUAUUCCUGGAAAUUAUUGUCAUAUGGGUUCAGAAAAACAUGAGUAAAUAAUGACAGAAAUUAAAUUUUUGGGUGAACUACACCUUUAACAGAAAAAAUGCUCAUAGGCAUUAUUAUUUGACCCAAAUUGUGAUUGUUUUGUAGCAACUUGAUAGUGUAAAUGCAGUCAAGGGAUGUUGCUUUCUUGUUGUAGGGGAAGCCAAGUGCCCUGCUGCUCUUUAGUCAGCUAGCUGACUGCGCCACAUUUGCUCCCUAGGGAAGGUAUAGCUGAACUUACAUUUUUGUUCCAGAAUGUUCUUAUAAUUCUCACUUAAGAGGGAUUUAAAAUGAUGGGUCACUGAUAUUUUAGUAGACCUUAUUUCAUAGUAAUACUUUUUAUCAUUUAAUUCGCUACCCGAAAUGCUCUCUCUCGCUCUCUCUCUCUCUCUCUCUCUUUGUCUCUCAUCCACCCACUCACAUUUCCUCCAUUUAAACAAACCCUUUAAACAGGAAGUGCAGACAAACAGCAUGCAGACAAGCACAAAUAGUUUCAGCCAAAGUGUUUCGAUGCUGAGGGAAAUGAGAGGGGUGCAGUUUCAUGCUGCUUUACACCUCUAUAGCUCUGCACUUUACAACCCUUAUUUGUAAUGAACAUUACAAUUUCCCUCUAUACUAUCACUACUAUUAAUUAUAGAUUUGAAUUAAGAUGUGAGACUGCACAGGUAGUAACUGUAGACUUCAAUUUAAAUGCUGUAUCUACUGUAAUCUAUGCAUGGCAGUUGAUUGUAUAAACUUUUCUAUGACUUGACAAUGGAUUUAAAGGCCUAGGAUUGACUGGAGGACUGAAUGGAGAAAAAACCAUAUCAUUGUUUUAAAAACAUAUCAGCAGUACUGUUUUUACGAUGAAGGGCAGUUUUGCGGAAGCAGAUUAAUUGUAGUCAAAGACUACACAAAAUUGUCUGUGGCAGAUUAUCGUUAUUAAUAACUUAGUCCAGGUGUAAAUAUUCAAUUUAGUUGUGUAUGUACUUGAGGGUGUAACUGGGCAUUCUACUGGUUUCUUGAGUCUUUAUUCAACCAAUCAGAUGCUUUCGGUAAGCAGCGCUCUUAUGAGUGUGCUACUUAAGUGUUUUAGUGAAACCCUGGCUGAUAAAACUUGCAGUGUAUUUAAUCUGAGAGUAUGGUGUGGUUUAACAAUAUUUGUGAAUUUCUGUGUCAACAUGUCUGCUGCAUGUGUUUCUGUUGCUGUGAAUGACAAAUAAGAGUCAUUGAUGAAUCAGAUGUUGUGUCUGUCAAAAACGAUGUUUUGUCUCUGUUGUUCUGUCCUCAUAAUUCCAUGUCAGGCAGGCCGAAUAAUUGCAAUAAGUGUGAGGACAUAUUUCUUUACUUUGUCAAAUGUAUUUCAUCAGAUUAAUUAAUUAUGCAUUAGUUUUUCAAGACAUUGAAUUGUCUCAUAAUUCAUACUUACUAAUUCUGUGGGUAAUUUUAACCACUUGUUAGAUUGCACAUUGUUGCAAAAGCAUAGUAUAAAAAUCUAGACAGAAUUUAUGAUUUGCAAAAUACCUAAUGUUUCUGCGCUAAUCUUUCGUUUUAAAAGGCACCCGGCAAACAUUUUAAUCCCGUUUUAAAAUGUUGAGCAGGACCAUUUGCCUGAAACUUGCAACAUCAUUUGUUAGACAUCAUGCAGAAAGCAGGUCUGACAAAUGUUAGUACCUCAUUACUGUCUUUACACUGUAAAAAGAUACAUAGUUAUAGUUCAAAUGUACAUGAGACUUAACCUGUAUCAAAUAUAUAUUUAACAUAUGCUGUGGAAUAUUUAAAAAAGUAUACCGUAUGUUUGAUACAGGUUGAUUUGAAAUUCUAGUUCUAGAACACUUUGUUUAGACCAGUUGUAGUUCUCAGGGGAGAAGGCUUGCAAUAUUAAUGCACUGUUAACUAUGCUGUAUGCCGACUGCUAUAGUGUGUAUUUAUCAUCAUGGUUUACUUAAGUAGAUCAUGCAAAAUAUCUUAUUUAUUAAGAUAUAGGAUUAAAUAUGACAAAUUAGGAUAUUUGCAGUUUUA